AAAUGUAUUUUACUUUUGUUUAAAUAAUAUAAAUGUUAAAAAUGACUAACUGCGUUAUUCUAGAUUCUGAGCGGAGCGAUUAAGUUUACAAUUUGUUAUAGGUCUUCCUACUCCUCCUUUUAUACCCUGUAUAGUUAUAGAUGUAAUCGGUGUACUGGAGCAAUUUAUUUUACUAGGCAUAGUAAAUGGUUAAAAAUAUUAUAGUCGAUAUUACCAUAAUAUAUUGGUUAUAACUAUGCCUGUUUGGUGAAAAAUACAAUGUAGUUUUAGUUAUUGACUUAUAGUUAAAUUGACUAAAUAAAUAUGUAGGUAGGUAAAUAUUUCUGAUAAUUAGAUCAACCAUGUUAUAGCAAAGGUAACAUAUUACACAGUUAUAAUAACCAUAAUCCAUCAACCGAAUUCAUAUGGUAACUUUACCUACGGUGUACGGAUGUCACUAUACCACGCCAACAUUAUGGUGUUGAAUAACCAUUUAAAUGGUGUUUUUAGCCACAUUUUUUUCCCGUGCACAAUUAACGUCGAUGUGAGCGGAAGAGCUCCGAUCUUACCAAACUAAAAAAGGAGGUGGCUUGACGGACUUUAUUUCCGCCAAUAUGUAGUUCAUGAAGCCAUGAAGGUAUAACUGUAAGGAUAUUUUGACUAAACAUUUAUGUUAAAAUUUUCUGUAGACCGUAGAUGUAAUAUUUUACUUAGUAUUUUUUUUAUGUUUGUAUUGUGGGCUGCGGGCUGUGGCAAGUAGGUUUAGCACAUGUCAUAGUUAUGCAUUAUGUGUAGGUAUAUAAUGUAUUAAUGUACCUAGGUACCUAUUGGUAUAAAUCAUUUAAACCAUGGACAUAAUAAAUAUUGUGUAGUUGUACAUUUAUUGUUUACACAGCUGAAUAAUUUCGAAAAAUAUUAUUACAAAUAAUAAUUGUUGGUCUAUAUAAUGUUACAAACAGCAUAAACAUCACAGCGUACUUACCUAUUCUGCAACAGUAAGAAAAAAAUGUGUUAUUACUAUUGUCAUUGUGUAGUUCUGUCCAAUAAAUAUUUUUGUGGAUUACGUCGAGAACUAUAAUAUUGUUCUGUUGUAAAUAGUUGUAAUAUUCUGUUGUAGGCAUUUUAUAGACAUUAGGUACCUCCAAUGUAACGGAAAUAUUAGAAAAGAACGUUUGAAACAAUAUUUCAUUAUUUGCUUGAUCACAUCAGUUGUAUAUUGUAUAACUUAACUUUUAAAAACGAUCGCAAUCAUGGUUCGUUUUAGUUGUUAUAAUAUUAUUAUAUUCGUUGUUUCUAUUAUAGUGUGUAAUACAUUUGAUUAUGUUAGUGGAGGAAUAUUUACGAAAUCCCCAGAAAAGAAGGCACUUGAAGAUAAACUACGCAAACAACAUACUCAGUGUAUAGAAGAUCUUAGAAAACAUUUUGGUGAGUCGUGUAUAAAAUCAAAUGAUCCUAAAACGUGUGCCAACCGAGCAAUGAUUGCAAUAAAUUAUGAAGAAAAGUUUUCGAGCGUUUCAGAAAGUUAUGCGAAAAAGUACUUUGAGUUACUCAUGGAUGACCUUAUUCCAAAUAAUAAACUGGACACAGAUGAUUAUUGUCAACAACGUUUUCUUAAUAUAGAACGAGAUAUAAACUAUAUAGUAGGUUUACUUAAGAAAAGCUCAUAA